GCUUCCAUGUUGCAGGAAGAGGGAUGGGUUGUGUGCAGGGUUUUCAAGAAGAGAAUGACGGCGACGCCCAUCAGACGAGCAAGCGGGCAUGACUCCGCAUGCUGGUACGACGAUCAUGCAUCCUUGGUGCCGGAGCUCGAUUCCCCGAGGCAAGCAGGAGCGCGGCCUGAGAUGGCGUUCCUCCAGCUGCCCCAGCUGGAGAGCCCCAAGCUUCCCUUCGACGUUGGCCAUGCAACUGCUCUCCACCCACCCGCGAUCACGCAGGACGACCUGAUGCAAUAUUCCAACAAGCAGCUUCAGGUCUUCUCCACCUACAACAUCGCCGGAGCUACUGAUCAUUCGGUGGAGCAGGUCACGGACUGGAGGGUGCUCGACAAGUUCGUCGCGUCCCAGCUCAGCCAUGACGGCGGGGUCUGCAAGGAGCUCCACUGCUCCACUUCUGAGAAGCCUGAGGUAAAUGCGGAACGUGCUUCGACUUCCAACUGCAGUGGUGCCCAAAUCGAGCUGUGGAAGUGA